CCAGCGGCGUAAGCAAGCGCCUGGGGAUAUUGGGCCGGGAGGGGUGACCGGAAGGAAAGACAAACCGGGGCCUCGGGGCAGCUGCCUGCCAUGCACAGCCGCCUCAGGCCUUUCUGCAGGUGCGCUCGCGUCCGAUCCCGAACAGUCCCGCAGCCCCAAGGCUUCCGCGUCAGGGCUCUCGGUCGGAUGGGACUGAGGGUGCCGCCGCCACGCCGGAGACUGUUGACAGCCAGAACCUUUAAGCAUAAGAGUCACCUGGUAUCAAGAUUCUGCCCUCCAAGAAAGUCUUGCCAUGACUGGAUAGGACCCCCAGACAAAUAUUCAAACCUUCGACCUGUUCACUUUUACAUACCUGAAAAUGAAUCGCCAUCGGAACAAAAGCUUAGAAAAUUAAGACAAGAAACACAAGAAUGGAAUCAACAGUUCUGGGCAAACCAGAAUUUGACUUUUAGUAAGGAAAAAGAAGAAUUUAUUCACUUGAGACUAAAAACUAAAGGCCUGGGCCUGAGAACUGAAUCAGGUCAGAAGGCAACAUUGAAUGCAGAAGAAAUGGCAGACUUUUACAAGGAAUUUUUAAGCAAAAAUUUUCAGAAGCACAUGUAUUAUAACAGAGACUGGUACAAGCGCAAUUUUGCCAUCACCUUCUUCAUGGGAAAAGUGGCCCUGGAAAGGAUUUGGAACAAGCUUAAACAGAAACAAAAGAAGAGCAACAACUAGGAGUCUACUCUGACCCAGCCAGAGUCCAGGUAUCCACAGGAAGCAGAUGGUUAGAGGAGCUCCUUUUACAGGAGCUCUGAGAAAAACUGGAACUGAUCUCAAGAAGCCCCACAUCUCCCUAAGGGGCCCCAUGGCUUGUUUGGGGGCAGGGUGGGUCCUGGGGCACUGUGGGCCGCCUGCCUGCCGAUGUGGGCUCUAGGCCAGCUUGUUGUCACGGACACGGUGUCAAAUAAAGCCCAAGCACUGGG